AACACAAAAGCACCACAAUUAUAUAUUCACAAAAGCAUCACAAUUAUAAUAUCAUUCACAAUUAGAUCAUUUACAGAUUGUUAGCUAGAUCAUUCACAAAAGCUCCAGAGAUGAUCAGUCACAAAAGCACCACAGCGACAUCACUCCAGCUUGAAGCAGUUCAAAAGCCCACAACUACAUCACUAAUAUUUUAUAUCACUCCAGCUAUUGUUCAAAAGCCCACAACUACAUCACUAAUUUUCAUGGUGUCUCAUGUUUUAUCUUCUCCCGCAGACAUCCAUCAGCAGCAUUGCGGCAGUUAUACAAGGGAGUAUCAGCAAAGCAUUAAGGGUACUCAUGAGAAUUGAUGUUGAAUGAGGAGAAACUCCAAUGUCUGAAAACAAACUAGCCACUCCAGACUGCUCAAAUAUUUCAGGAGCGCAGCGGAGAAGACCACCUUCUCCCAUUUUUGCAUUGAUCUUAUCUUAUAAACCAGUACUAAUUUCACGGUGGCAUCAAUUAUCUUUCUCUGUUUCACAAGGCACACGUUUUUGUUCACAAAUUAACCCUGUCAAACGGCCAGCCACCAAGUCAUUAACAUAGUUGAUGUUGUAACAUCCGGAUAUCCAAGGACAUGCAUGAUGAACAUGCAUAUGUAGCCACCAAGUCAAAAAGCAAGUGAAACCCUCAUGUUUUUCGGCCAGCAUAAUACACCAGCAAACGAUAAUGUCACUAUUUGGUCACCCUUCAAAGAGGAAGGUCCAGACCCUUGCCCACCUCCACCCCAAUCAUCUGAAGAAUCCCCUUGUUCAGCACCAGCUCCACAAUGAAGGUGCCGAUGAGGCCGAUCAUGCAAGCCUGGAGUUCCAAAUCUCUGCGGUCUGGGUGAACCCCAAGAAGGGCUCGCUCAGCUUCGGCUGCACCCUGGGCGCUUCAACCUGGAGACUGGAGUGUUGGCAUUUGGCAACACGUGUUGGAGUUAGACGCCUGGCUGGCUGACGCUGGCCGGUGAACGAAUGAAUGGUCGGACGGGGCGUCAUGGGGAGCGGGGCCUCAGCCGCAGCUGCCGCGGCGGCGGCGUAGGCCGUGGGGGCGAGG